GGGUACUUGUGGAGAAGCAACAGAUCUCAGCUGGAAAACAACCCCACAUCUGGCACGCGGGACGACCAAAUCUGAGGAGGAAAAAUCAGUCAAAUCUUUCACUGCAUGAUUAGAUGAACUGGACCGGUGGAUCAAUCUCUGACUUCCAAAUCACGAGCAGGGACGAGAAAAGUUGCCAAUAUUAGUUGUGGAUUUGAUUUUGGCGCUGCAGAAUUUGGAUAUUUUUUUGUUUUUUAAAAAAGGGGGAGAUGAUCGUCACAUGUUUUCUGACUUAGCGUUUUCUUCUAUAGGAAAUACCAUGCGUAAAAGCCAAUAUUCUUAUAUUUCCUGGCAAUAAUAUAUCUUCGUGGACGGGAAAUAAGUCCAACAUCUUUGCGCCCGUGGACAAGAAUUAAGUAUAACAUCUGGAGGCAACAACUCAAAACACCUUGUCCAAUCUAUUCGACUACAACGUUUACAAACACCAAUCGAGUUCCGCCACCCGCGUUUUGCUUUUUUCAGCCUCCAGACUGAGUUUUGUUACAGGUGGUUUUCAUCGCGCUUUACCGUUACUAUGCACCUUAACAAUCAGCAAUAAAUGAGCCACAUGGGUGUGAAAUGAAGGCUCACUUUGCUUUAAUUUUCUGAUUUUUCCCCCCAGUGGACAACAGUUUGAACCAGGGGCGAACAGCCAGUAGGUCUGCUCUAAAUGAUAAGCUCGGUUUGUGUUUCGUCUUACCGAGGACGCAAGUCGGGCAACAAACCUCCGUCUAAAUCAUGUCUGAAGGAAGACAUGGCCAGAGGGGAAGACUCGGAUAAAAUUAUUAUCAACGUAGGCGGCACUCGACACGAGACCUACAAGAGCACCCUCAGGACCCUGCCGGGGACGCGCCUGGCAUGGCUAGCAGACUCGGAGUCGCAGGUCAGCUCCGACUCAGACAUUGCGUCCCCGAGUGCCACCGAGUUCUUCUUCGACAGACACCCCGGCAUCUUUGCGUACGUGCUCAACUAUUACCGGACAGGCAAGCUGCACUGCCCGGCUGACGUCUGCGGGCCUCUAUUCGAGGAAGAGCUGGCGUUUUGGGGUAUAGACGAGACUGACGUGGAGCCAUGCUGCUGGAUGACCUACCGGCAGCACCGGGACGCGGAGGAGGCCCUGGAGAUAUUUGAACCGCCCGACCCAGAUGACACCGACGACGAGAGAGAGAUGCCGAGGAGGUUCGGCAUCGAAGACGUCCCCGACAGGUCGAGAGGCUGCCGCGAAGUUUGGCAGCCAAAGAUCUGGGCGCUGUUUGACGACCCGUAUUCAUCUAGAGCAGCCAGGGGAGUUGCACUUGCCUCUCUCUUCUUCAUCCUGGUGUCGAUCACCACAUUCUGCCUGGAGACCCACGAUGCCUUCUAUGAAGUGAAAAACUGGACGGAGCACGUUGUACAGGACAACAUGACAAAGAACAUCACAAGGAACGAAAUAGUGACCAACCCAAUCCUCUUCACCGUGGAGGGCAUCUGUGUAGUCUGGUUCUCGUUUGAAUUUCUGGUGCGCAUAAUAUCCUGCCCAGACAAAGUAGUCUUCAUCAGAAACAUGCUCAACAUCAUUGACUUUGUGGCCAUUCUACCAUUCUACCUGGAGUUGGCUCUGAAAAGUCUGUCAUCCAAAGCUGCCAAUGAUGUGCUAAACUUCCUCCGUGUGGUCCGGUUUGUUCGAAUCCUCCGGAUUUUCAAGCUGACGCGCCACUUUGUAGGCCUGCGUGUCCUGGGUCACACGUUGAGGGCUAGCGUCAAUGAAUUCCUCUUGCUUAUUAUCUUCUUGGCGCUAGGUGUGCUAAUCUUUGCCACCAUGAUUUACUAUGCUGAGCGUAUUGGAAUCCAGCCUAAUGACCCCACAGGCUGCAAUCACACACACUUCAAGAAUAUCCCCAUCAGCUUUUGGUGGGCGGUGGUCACUAUGACCACACUGGGCUAUGGAGACAUGUAUCCACAGACGUGGCUCGGCAUGAUGGUAGGGGCGCUUUGUGCACUGGCUGGGGUGCUGACCAUUGCUAUGCCGGUUCCCGUCAUCGUCAAUAACUUUGGGAUGUACUACUCGCUGGCUAUGGCAAAACAGAAGCUGCCAAAAAAGAAGAAGAAGCACAACCCAAACCCUGACGCUCCAACUGACUCAGCCUCGUUUGGGAAGUCAGAAACAAACUCGCACAGAGACAGUACUCAGAGUGACACGUGUCCACUGGCUCCUGAGGAGAACAUCAGUAGGAACCGCUCAGACUCCAAACAGAACGGGGAUGCAAAUGUGGCCCUUUCAGAUGAGGAAGGCUGUAGUUUGACCCAGCCGCUGUCCCCCAGCGAAAAGUGGACAUUGCGGUGUUCCCGAGGCCGAGACAAGAAUAAGAAAGAGGGCACCUGCUUCCUCCUAACCUCAGAGAACCCCAGCGUUCAAACUGAGAGCUGUAAAGACAUCCUCGCUGCCACGGGAAACUAUGCUCAGCCGGAGGUCACCACUCUGACCUGAUGCUGAUUGGCUAUGAAAAGGAGAAAGAGCGUGAUUUCCUCAGUGGCGUACACGUCCCUUCCUGAAUGAACUGCUGAAGAGAUUCUUCGAAUUCAGGAUGAGAACUUUUGUUUUAAGUUGCAUAGCACAUUUAUCACAUGUACACUUACUUACAUGUUAGAGAGCAUUUUGCAUGUACUGCAUGCUCAAGCAUUGUAUGAUACUCCAAAAAAUGGCUACCAUUCAUAUGCAUUUUAUUUAGCGGAUAUGUCAUAGCUUGACUCCAAGGCUCCGAAAAAAGCAUCACAGAUUUAUUCCAAAGUGACGUUAAGGUCACUUCUCUGCCUGAUUUGAAGUCGAGAAAGUGUGAUUAGGGAUGCAACGAUACCAAUUUUUUCAAACCGAUACGAUACCGAUACUUGGAUCUGAGUACUUGCCGAU